AUGGAUGGGGCAAUCCCCUUGGGAGAGCUGGGUGAUGCCACUCUCGAUGAACAACCAUUACAUCCAGACACCCUCGUCAGCGCUUGUCGCAGAACAAAGGGAGCACAAGGGGCAGAAGUCUUCCCACUGGAAACCACUAGGUCUCCAGUCAGCAGACCCAGUGAGGUAUUUGUUAAUGUCCCAACAAGCAAAAGCACUGGCUAUGUAAGCCAGCCAGUGUCAGACCCCUCCCAGCAGAGGCCUGCUGAGGACAACCUGUUACCUUCAGAUUUGGCAUCCUCCGCUAACCAGCAUCUCCCAGAUACCUGUGCUUCUCAAGCCUCUUUGCAGGGCAACCUUCCAGAGCCUGGAAACCUCUUGCCUCCCAACUCUGAUGCCCUGGCAAGACUCAAAGGGCAAGACAAAAAGGAGGGUGAUUUCCUUCCCACAAAGGAUAGGAAGAACAAAGAAUAUCUUAUAAAGUCACCCUAUUUGGAGAAGCUGUCAUCAGCAGAAUCAUUGGCUAAGUCACAGGAGUUGGCAGCCUCGCAUUCAGCAAGCAGCAAAGACAAGCCCAUGAACCAGCAGGCCCCUCACUCCAAGACCUCUGUAGACAACGCAGAACCUAAACCCACACAACUCUUCUGGGGUUCCCCCUCUCUGCACAGUGAGGCCUUGCACCCUCCCACCACUGCCUCGAGUGACCCUUCCUCAGCAUUCAACAGUAUGGCUGAAGCCUCCCUAGCUGACAACUCCCCGCCGCCUGUUACUCUCCCCACACCUCUGUUUGUGACUAAGAGUCAACCACAGACCUGGUUCCAGACCCUGUCCCAGUCUCAUUCCCAACGUGACCCUCCUGCUGGGGGCCAGGCUCAUCCUCAAUGCCACUCCCCGGUCUCGGUAUUGACAUUUUCUCCUCAGUCCCAGAUUAAGAUCUGUGGGGUGCAUUUUCACAGACCCCAGGAUGAAGCACAGCCUCUUGGUCCAUUUGAAACGCAGCACCUGGAAUACAACGUCUUGAAAAAAGAGCAGGAGAGAGUGUGGGGUUUGCCCUCGGUGGUCCAAAAAUCUCAGAAGACAUUUUGUCCCUCACCUCCCAAGCUCUCGACAGUGAGCCAGUCCUUAAAGUCCCAUAAUCCCAGGCCCAUCCUGCUCGGAGAUUUCCCCCUCACCAAUGAGCUUCGUAAGAAGCUGGAGCACCACCUCCGAAAGAGACUCAUCCAGCACCGCUGGGGGCUGCCCCACAGGAUCAAUGAGUCCCUGUCACUCAUGUGUCCUCAGUCAGAGUUGGCGGAUUUCCCUGAGUCGAAGAGGAGUCGUGGCCUCUCAUGGCUCUCUCUCUUUAAGCAUCAGCAGAGCAAGGACUCACAUGACAUUGUACUUAAUGGAGCUAGAAAGUUUCAUAGUGGAACCUUAAAGAAUUGUGCCAGAGAGGAGACUAAGAUCAAAGCACAGACAGACAGCAAAGUUGUUGGCCAAAAAGACCAUCUCCAGAGAAACCCUGAGGAGGCCCUGGCUAGCAGUCUGCAAUCCCACUUGAAGACAGAUCUGGAGCCUCAUGCAGCUAGUCAGUCAGGACAACUUUCAAGCCUCUCAAAGGUGAGCCAGUGUCAGAAGAAGGUUGAAAUUGCACUGGAACAACACCUCAACAAGAAAAUGAAAGAAAUCCGUGAGGGUCAGAUCCCUAGCACUGUAGACAAAUCAUGGCAUUCUAUCAGUGCGGCACAGCCCCCGCCUGAGACACUGUUGGAAGAUCUGGCACCAUUGGCAGGUGAGGAAGACCCACUGAAAAACCACCAACAUAGUUUAUCGAUUAGUCCUAGCAAAGAAAAGAUAUUGGAAGAACAUAUUAAAACCUUUGGCAGGAGGAUGAGCUUUCAUCUUCCCAAAAGAGUUGAGGAAUCCUUAGAGUCCUACAAGACAAAAGUGGAGCCAUCCCAUCCUCCCUCUCAGUUCCACGCUGCCUCCCACGCCGUUUCUGCAGUGAAUUCUGCCCAGACCUCCAGGUUCCAGCAAAGAAAUACUAGUGGAGAUGGGAUGCGGACAUUGAAUUUCACACCCAUCCAAGAAGUGUCUCUCCCUGCUUCCUGGCCUGGGAGCCAAAUACGGCCGGCCUCUGAGAUCAAGGUGUUUGUCGACAAAGACCUUAGCACAGCUCAAAGUGGCAGAGAGCCGAUCCAGCCCUGGACACCUGGUAUGGUGGACAAAGGCAGCCUGCAACAAUCUGGAUCAGACCAUAGACAUAGCCCAGAGCUGCCCAUGAGACCAGAUAGGCCAACAGUUCCCCACAAUCCUAGAACAUCUGACUAUAAAAGUCAGGUGUCCAGAGGAGUCGUGUUGCACUCAGAGAGCAGACCACCCAUCCAGGCAGCAGGCCUGCCUGAUGUGCCCUCAGCCUCAGAAGAAAAGACUUCUAAACCCCAGGGCCCCUCCAGUGGGGAUAUGGUGGCUUCUCAGGUACUGCGGGUGCACUUGCCCACUGCGAGAGUUGGCAUUGAGGCAGGGCAGAGUUCCUGGUUCCCUGCAAAUGUGUCAGGCAAGUGCCAGAACAAGGGGUGUCCCCCAGCUGCCAAGCGAGUGUCCCCACUGGGUGGAGGGGAUGCAGGCUUAGGGACAUCCCAAACCAGAGGGAAGAGGCUCUCUGUUCAGGCCAGGGCACCAGAGGAAACACAUGGACACACAUCCUCCCCGGUACAGUCACGUAGGGGGCAGCCUCUGGAAAAUCAAUUCACCAGCCAGGUGAAAUGCUUCUUGCAGUGGGUGUCCCCUGGAAGAAAACACAAAGGGCAGGAAAGGUCCCUGGCCAAGGGCAGCUUCUCAUCACCACCUGUGAAGGGCACAAGCCUCAUCAAAGGGAGAUGUGAGUUUUAUGAGAACAUUGAAGCUCUGAAGUACGUGAGAGACCCCGGGGUGAUCCUCAGGAAACCACUGGGACACAGGCAGGGCACAGUCAUCCCCUGUCCCCAGGCACCUGUGCCUCCCUUCAUGGGGUCUGAAGAAACUCAGCAGGAGGUACAACUGCUGGCUCAGUCAGAGCCUGUGCAGAGGUACCUCUCCUGCUGGCAAGCUGCCUGCUCUCAAGUGCAGAGGGCUGAGGCCUGCAGCCCAGGACAAGGGCAGACAGUCCCUAAGAGGUGUGGCACUGCAGGAAAAGCUGAGAUGGUCACCUCCCCCAUGCAGGCUCCACAGGGAUCCCGAGUCCCACCCAAGUCCUGUCUGUAG